AAUUCCUACGGAAGUCCAAGCUACAAGCACUGCGGUAAGAUUAGUUUGAGAACGGAAGGACUCGGGUUUCGUGCUAUUGAUAUGCAAAUUUGUUACACUCUCGCACAGAAUGCGGGAGAUCAAAUUCCUACAGAGAGCAGGGGGGCUAUACAAGAGUGGUUGGCGGCGUCAAGGCAUCGCCGAACGAAUUUCCCUGGAUGGCGAUGGUCGUCGCUAAUGGUUCCAAUCUUGUCUGCGGCGGAUCCCUGAUAAACGAUCGCUACGUCCUUACGGCAGCACAUUGUUUGGCGUUGGGUUUUAGUCAAGCGGAGACAAAGGUGGUGCUUGGUGAGCAUGAUCGAUGUACGGCUGACUCUCGCACGGUGAUACUUUCCGUUGAAAAGUUUUAUCCGCAUCCACAAUUCCAGAAGAACACGAACCAUGCUGACGCAAUGCUCAUUCGGCUGAACAUGAGAGUCACAUUCAACGAGUUCAUCAGGCCAAUUUGUUUGCCGAAAAUGAUACUGCAACGAAGCACGGCAUCACGGUUUGCUGGAAAGACGGCCUUAACGUUGGGCUGGGGCCGCGCUGACCAUGGUGUAACAGUUUGCUCCCUGCGGGUCGUAGCUUUGGAAAUUUAUGAGACACAAUCCUGUCCUACCAAAAUACCGACGCUACUCUGCGCCGGAUCUCACUCAGCUGCGGGUCGCGACGCUUGCCAGGGCGACAGCGGUGGUCCACUGCAGGUCCGGAAUGAUGAUCGUAAAUUUGAAUUAAUCGGAAUCGUAUCAAAUGGCAUUGAAUGCGGCAACCAGGAUUUCCCUGGAUUUUACACAGAAGUUCCCCGACAUCUUCCAUGGAUCCUUAAAGUUACGUCCCAAGAUUCGAUGUACUGUUGGCGCUGAUCAAAAAUUGACCUUUAGUGAAUA